AUUUCGUGGAAUCGAGAAGGACCGUAGAAUUACAAGUGAAACUCCCUCCUCCGUAAUCGGUAAGCGUUAAAUUGUACUUUCUUAUUCUUCUCGCAAAAUGAACGAUCAAGAAAACGCGGCUACACCGCGGAGUUUCCACUUGUUUAACUGCGACAACACGUACGAUUUGGAUAGUGUCGAGAAGCUUAUAAAGACCGUCGCUGGCGAUGUACAAGUCCACCAGACCUACUUCCCUUUGCCUCGUAUGACUCUGCUAUCGCAGGAGUUGGAAGGAAAUACCAUGGACUGUGCUGUGUUUGUUGUCAAUGCUCAUGAGUCAAGGCUUUCUAUUAACGAGCCAAGGGCUGGUAUCGGCUACGCAAAGAUCUAUCGUGCUCUACUUAAUGCUACAGAAAACCAAGUGCUGAUUGUGAUUGGUGGAGACGAUAACUACAAGACUCAGGAGGAGAGGGAUACCUCAGUGCUGUCCCAGUGGGCGCGUGGGAAAGUCUCCUCCCAGUUCUUGGAGGAGUACAUGAAUGGCUCCCGCAGCUUCAUCUUCUCAUGGGAUGAACACCACCACCCCAUACAUGAGGAAGCUUUACAACACUUCCUGGACCCCAGUAAGACCGAUGAGUUUGUGCCAAAGCCACGCCCACCACAAGUGUCAGUCCCAGAUCCCAUCCCAGAGCCAGAGGUUGUGGACUCUGAGAUCAAGGAUAUAAAGUUUACUCCAGAUCCAGAUCCCGCCGAGUUAUUGUUCCAGCCCACCCCUCACAUGCCUACUCAAACUGCCACAGAGCCUAUCAGGAACCUUCAGCCCACCUUUGUACCAAAACUUGUCAACUUUGAAGGUUUCAAAGAUGUUGAAAUGAAAUCAGAAAACGCACCAAAUCUCCAAGUCCUUUCCUUCUGCCACAACAAAGAAGCUGCUGAAAACCUUUAUCAGUUCCUAGAAAAAGUGUACCAGCAAUUGGCUGUUAAUGACAGACCACUACAACCACCAACAUUAGAUGACUAUUCUCAAGUCCCAAGUUUCCUGGAAAAAAACAAGCCCGACUAUGUCGUGGUAGUUCUAGAGACGAAUGAAGUUCUAAAAAGUCUUGAUGGAAAAGAGGAAGAGGUCGAAGAAACUAGGGCCUUGCUUGAUAAGCUGGCCGAGUGCGUUCAGUAUCACAUUGGCAAAAAAGCCAUUAUCCUGAUGUGUGAUGACGACUGCUUAGAUGACGAUAGUGUGAUAUCACCACGUGUUGAGCAGAUGCUGAACAGGCACCGUGGGCUCAUCCCUCAACUUGAAAACAAGCUACUGGUGAUGUCGUACAACAAAAGACCAAGUAAACUCCACGAGUAUUACGUGACUGAGACUCUGUGUGGUCACGAAAUCCAGCUCGAGUUAGACCUAGGUCACGCAACGCGACAGUCACGCGAAGACGACAAGAGAUCAGGGAGGUUGCAAGGCAUUGGCGCAGAAUCAGAAAACGCACCAAAUCUCCAAGUCCUUUCCUUCUGCCACAACAAAGAAGCUGCUGAAAACCUUUAUCAGUUCCUAGAAAAAGUGUACCAGCAAUUGGCUGUUAAUGACAGACCACCACAACCACCAACAUUAGAUGACUAUUCUCAAGUCCCAAGUUUCCUGGAAGAAAACAAGCCCGACUAUGUCGUGGUAGUUCUAGAGACGAAUGAAGUUCUAAAGAGUCUUGAUGGAAAAGAGGAAGAGGUCGAAGAAGCCAAGGCCAUACUUGGUAUGUUGGCCGAGUGCGUUCGGGAUCACAUUGGCAAAAAAGCCAUUAUCCUGAUGUGUGAUGACGACUGCUUAGAUGACGAUAGUGUGAUAUCACCACGUGUUGAGCAGAUGCUGAACAGGCACCGUGGGCUCAUCCCUCAACUUGAAAACAAGCUACUGGUGAUGUCGUACAACAAAAGACCAAGUACACUCCACGAGUAUUACGUGACUGAGACUCUGUGUGGUCACGAAAUCCAGCUCGAGUUAGACCGAGGUCACGCAACGCGACAGUUUCGCGAGAAAGAUGAGAGAUCAGGGAGGUUGCAAGGCAUUGGCGCAGGUCAGGGGGGAGCUGCAAGGCAUGAGCCUGGCGUACACGGUUCGGAUGGAUUCUACGAAGGAGGGAGACAACAUUAUGAUGGACAGCAUGGCAAAGACGAGGAAGAUAGGAGGGGACAAGCCUUUGGUGGACGACAAGGCGAGAAGGGGCUUGGUAAAAAUAAGCCUGAUGAAGCUGAUGAGAUGAAAAUGUGUUACCAAGCAAUACUGUUAAACGGUCAUGUGGGCCAAGUUAUUUACCGCUCCUCUGAUUUCACCUUUCCAGACCAUGUAAAGGAGGAAUACCGUGAAAACUACAGCAGAGUCAGGAAGGCGACACUUGAAGCGUACAAGGAUGCAAACGGUCUCGUGAAGUACAUCGUUCCACAUUAUAACGAGAGCAAUGGUCAUUUUCUCCACUACCGUUCGACUAUGGAAUACGGUAGCAUAAAUCCUGCCUCGUAUUGCUAUCCGCCAGGAUAUAAACCUCCUCAAUACAUGCUUGACGACAUGAUAAUAAGAAAUGACCAUCAUUUUUCGGCCACACUCGAGAUAUGGGAAGAUGAACGUGGACAGUUGUACCCAACAGUUGAAGUAGGGAGCAGCCCCACAUGUGGGCGAAAAAAAUGCGUCAUCGUUUGAGGGAAAUCCGUUCUGAAUAAAACCUGAUAAGUAUUGAUAGGACUAUUAAUUUAAUAGUCAAACUAAAAUAGACAUAGCCAAGAAUUGGUUGGCAUUUCGAGCUGUUUGUUUAGUUAUCGGCGGGGUAACAGGGUGCCGGGUGUAGGCGCAUGACUUGGUUAUACCAUCCAUGGGCAGGUACGAGUGCGGCAAACCACAGCAUUCAGUUGCGCUGGUAUCACGAGAAUUUAUUCUAAGUUUAACGAGGAUGUUCAAAUGAAAAAUAUAUGAGUCGGUAAAUGAA